ACAUUCCUUAUUAUAACAUGAUCAAGAAGUAUUUGAGAUUUUUGGGCCUGGAUCCACACCAAAAAAAUGGAUUGAUUAUUGUAAUUAUAAUGGUGACUAGUAUGACAAGUGUACUUAUUCCAAUGGUAAGGUAAACAUAUCGUACGAACAUGUUAUAGAAAUAGUACUAUAGUUAAAAUGUGAUAAUUGAUUGAAUUCUGCGUAAUAAAUUAAAUAGUCAGAUACUGUCAUUAAACAACUGCAACUUAUAAUUCAUUAGUCAAUCGUAUUGUAUGGAUCAUUAUACACCAAGAAUCUGGACAUGGUGCUCGAGUGUUUGCCACAUUUAGGUGCACUUUUGACCAGUUUCGUUAAAGUAUUGAAUGUUCAUCUAAACAGAGAAAACUUUAGAAAAUUGUUCGAUUCUAUAACGAAAGAAUGGCAGCAGCUGAAAUUAAGUCAAGAUUUGUACAUUCUGGAAGAAGUCACCAUACGGGGCAGCAAAAUGGCGAAAUUGUAUCGAAAUACUUUAUUAAUAUGUAUGGCACUUUUUUUACUCAUUCCACUGAUUCCUCCAAUGUUGGAUAUCGUUCUUCCACUAAACGAAACUCGACCACGACAACAAAUACUUAAUGUUAAUUACGUGAUUUUUGACAGCAAUAACUAUUUUUUCUACGUGUACUUACAGUUAUCUUGGACGUCAGUAGUAGUUUCAAUAAUCAUAGUUACCGUAGAUUCUUUAUUGAUGCUUAUAGUUCACCACAAUAGUGGAGUAUUUAAGAUUUUUGGGCUUAGAUCCACACCAAAAAUAUGGAUUGAUCAUUGUAAUUAUAAUGGUGAUUAG